AUGGACAUCCCCAUCAGCAGCAGAGACUUCCGCUGCCUGCAGCUGGCCUGCGUGGCCCUCGGCCUGGUGGCCGGCAGCAUCAUCAUUGGUGUCUCCGUGUCCAAAGCUGCAGCUGCCGUGGGUGGAAUCUUUAUUGGUGCCGCUGCUGUGGGGCUCCUCAUCUUGGCCUACCCCUUCCUGAAGGCUCGGUUCAACCUGGACCGCAUCCUGCCUACGAUAGGGAGCCUAAGAAUCCACCCCCAGCCAGGGCCAGACCACGGGGAAGGAAGAUCCAGCGCCAAUGGUAAUAAAGAAGGAGUCCGCAGCAGCCUGUCCACCGUGAGCAGAACCCUGGAGAAGCUGAAGCCAGGGGGAAGGGGGGCUGGGGAGGGCUGAGGCAGGGGCUGACGGGCUGCCCCCUGCCCUGCCCUCUCUUCCCACCCGCUACCCCAAUCUCAGAGCCUGCACGGGUCCAAACCAGAGAUGAACCAGGUCCUGGAGAUGCCAGACCUGCUUUCACCAAGGCCAUUGGAAAUGGAUUCCCUGUAGUGGGGUGGGGCCUGGACCACGGUGUCUCUGGUUUCAGGCUCUUGACCUGGAUUUUCUCUCUGAACUGCUGCUUGGCUUUCUUCCCUUUUUGAUCUACUGUCUGGAUCCUCUGGAAUUUGGGGCCCAGUGAUACCCCAGUCUCUUGCUCCAGCCUGGCCAGGGAAGUGAACCGCAGACUCACAGGAACCACACCGGGUCUGGGCCUGGCCCUGGGCCUCAGGAGCUCACUGGCUGCAUAGAGGGCCUGGACCAGACUCCCCUGAAUAUCAAAAGCUCCAGGCAGCUCCUCAGGAAUGGGCCCUGAGCAGCAGUGAACCAGACAGCGGCAUAGCCUAGAAAAACAAAAUGGUCGCUGCCUUGACAGGAGCCCAGGUGACGCACGGGCCUGGAGGCUUCCAGGAGGAGGUGUCUCCUGAGCUGAGCCCUGUGCUGAGACUCUUGGGGUUUGACUCCACUAUUUAAGGCUUUUCAUGAUCUGACUGCAAACAAGACCUCCAGCCUUCCUUUUCUCCCCACCUUCUCACUGCUCCUGAACCAUCGAAACACGUUCCAGCUCCCAAGCCUUGGCCUGUGUUCUCCUGGAUGCCCCCCACUCUGCUCCUCUCUGCCUAUCAGAUCCCCCAUCCUUAAAGGCCUCCUUCCAAGUGUCCCCUUAACCACAAUGCCCUCCUCAUCCUCUUCCACCAGCCUCUGUCUCCCUCUUUCGACACCCUCCAGGCAGGUUGAAGUCUUCUUUUUCACAAAACAGUUACUAAUCCUGUUGAAACCUACUGUCUAUUGCCCUUUUCCAGUUACCAUCAUGGUGCACAGUAAGUGCUCAAUAAAUGUUAAAUGGCUUAAAUUUAGUGGAAAAACAAUUCCCUAGGCU